UACGGAGGAUUACCUGGCCGGGGGAUUUUGUUGAUCGGGAAACGAUGCAGCCAAUGGAAAACGAACAAGGAUCCAACAUGCGGCUCAGGGAGGCUGUCGUCUCGUUACCGCUUCGUCCUGGUGGAUUGAACAACAAUCAGCUACGUAGGAGCGACCAGAACCAGCCGAUCACCGAGGAGAUCGGGAAUCGUAACGAGAAUACCACCGCAUCGACGAACACCAGCCCGAUCGGAAGGAAUCGGAACGGCGCCGAUUUCGCCGCGGAGGAUCCAGACGAUUUUCGCGUCGCCGAGGACACGACCACGUGGUCCUCGCUCGCCAUUACCCGCGAGAAUGUGCAGAUCGAUAGCUCGAGCGACGACACAGGAAACUUGAACAACAACCUGACAGUGCCAAGGAUCCGCAGGAACAGCUCCGUGGAAAGUUUGGCCGAUUACGAAGGGCGUAACUCCUCUCACGAAGACUCGUCCCACGAGUUGACACCGUCCGAGUUGUCCGACUGGUCCGAGGAAGGAAAUCUGCCCGCAGGUUGUCGCGGUAUCAUCAACCCUAACUAUCCCGGCUUUCAACACCUGGCGUCUUCUCUUCUGUCGGACACAGAUCUGACGGAGGACGAGCACGAGAGCUGUUCCGAUUACACCAGGCUGAACGACAUAGACGCAACGCCGGCGGAGAACGACAACGAGUUCAACAACAACGUCGAGGACAGUAUCAAUCACCUGUGCGGCCAGAGGAACGACAGGAAAAUUUUCUAUGAGAAACCGAAGUUCAAUAUACAGACUGUAACAUCUUUGUACGAGUCGGUGGUGCCGCCAUCGGAGAAAUGCAUAAACUACGUGAAAAGCGUUGAAGACUCGAGAACGGAGGAAAAGGUGUUCACGUCGAAAUCGGAUAUCGUGAACUGUGUUGUCGAGGCGGAGACGCAUCUGACGGUACUGGAGCCGGAGGAGGCGCUAGCCGACACGGUAGCGGAGAACACCACGGAAUUGUCCGAGGCGAUCUUGAAGGAGAAACAAGAAAGGGAGAUCCCGGUCGAGGUCGAGAUCGUCGAACUGACGACCAGCGUCAAGGAGACCCUUCAAUUUCCGGAGAUCGAGGAAAUACCGGACUCUGGAAAGACCAGUGAGAUUGGUGAGGCGGAGGAUAUCGUGGUGGAGCACAUCGACCUGAUACGCGAGGCAAAGGAGUUGCCUCACCAGGCCCGUUCCAAAAUAGGCAACCGUCAGACGGUCACGUCGAACGGCUCCGCCGACGACGACUCCGAGAGCAACACCGACACUGACAGCUAUCCAGAGGAACAGCCCACCUACACGAAGCUCGAGGGGAUCGAUCUACUCUCGAGCAUCGGCCGUGAUAUCGGGGUCGAUCUCGAGAAAUACGUGCAACCGGUGCCCGACGUGGUAGCAAUGGAGCCUCUGGAUCACGUUCACGCAUCCUCCCGAUCCUCCACCGCCAUGAACAACAUGCUGAAGGACGCUAUCGAGGAUACGAACAAACUGCUGGAUCGAGAUCUACCAGAGGCCUCGAGCGCAGACACCAGGAAAAAGGAGAAGAUGGCAAGGAACCAGGCGAAACGCAGGCAGCAACAACAGCAACAGCAAUACAGAGCGUCCAACUCGCAGAGGCGUCCUGACAAGAGGAGAGCCGACACGGACAAUGGACCAGGAGGCUUUGACGUGUACAAUAUCGAAACAGCGAUGCCAAAGAUCGAUCUGGACGCGAUCGAAUCACACUUGAGAGCUGCACGCGAAGAGGAACGACGGCGGCGAAACGACCGUGAAGAGAUACGAAGGAAGUUGGCGAUGGGUCCAGACGCCGAAGACUUGCGCGCUGAACGCGGAAGAAAGCCGAGCCUUCAGUCGCGGCUUCAAAGCGGAAUGAAUCUUCAGAUUUGCUUCAUGAACGAAACACCAUCGGACACGGAGUCUCCGUGCUCGGAGAACGAUGCUUCUCCAGGAACCACGCCAACCACGCUCAGCUCGAAGCAACAGCCGAAACAACCGAUGCCAAUUAGACCUCAGGUGCUCAGUCUUCCUCCUUUAAGGCUGGACACCGGCUCGAAUUCAACUCCGAUCGACGAGGCUGACUUCUUCGCCAGACAGGCCAGAUUACAGACCGAGGCACGAAUGGCCCUCGCUCAGGCCAAGGAGAUGGCGCAUAUGCAAAUGGAAGUUGAGAGACAAAGGCUGAAACAGAGUCCGAUCACAGAGAUGGUGCGAUCUAGCCUCGAAAAAGUUGGCGUUCAGCUGGGCGAGGACAGACGCAGAUUGUCCCGAGUACUGUUAACGGAGCUAAACGUCGCGCAGCUUCAAGUGGUAGCAAAUGACUUGCACGCGAGAAUCGCUGCUCUGAAUGAGGCGUUAGUCGAGGGACUUUUGAGAAGGGACGAUUUACACAUGGAACAAGAUUCAAUGCUCGUCGACGUCGAAGAUCUCACCCGAUAUCUAGGUGCCAAGCAGGAGUCGUUGAAGAAGAAGCAGAACACGAGGGAGCAGCAGACAGCGGCUAGCAGAAGUCAUCAGCAGACGAACGCCGGACAGAACAAGUUGUCGUUGAAGCCAAAGCUGACGCACCGCGGUCUAGUCUCGCUUGUGAGGAAAUAAUGCCUGGCCACGAGACUACGUGGUCUCGUCGGAAAUUAAACGAGCAGGGAGCACAGCACCGUGAGGACUCGAGCAACGUAGCGUAGACACUCUUAACUCGACGUCGUCACGAUCGAAGAAACUGGGAUACCCAGACCGAUUUCAGCUGAAUUCAAUGAAGAACGCUUCCAGUGUCGAUGCUUGGACUCCCUCUUUUUCUUGGAAAAAACACACCACACACACACACACACACACAUGCAGACACACGAGAACAAAACAGAACCGUUCCUCCACAGGAAAGGCGCAUUGGAAAAAUUCGUAUUUCCAAGGUAGAAAAGAAGAAACCGUACGAAAUAUCAUCUGACGAGGCAACAGUAGCAAACAAAAGAAACAGCAAAGGAAAGACUAACGGAACCGAAAAACAAAAAACACAAAAAAAAAGAAUACAAUCGUUUUGCUCCUCUAUUUAAACGAGAAGGGGGGAGGAUUCGAGAAUACAUACGUAACGCAGCGAAGAAAUCCAACUCCAGACCCUCCCCCAUCCAUCCGCCCCUUUCGAUAAACCGGUUGUUCAUAGGGGUAAGAUGGAAAUGAUCUUUUCCAGAAUUUCCAAAGUUUUUACUGCUUCGUCGUUUUGUCGAAAUGACGGAAAGUAGAGUAAAUUAACGAGAGUACGUGUGUUACUUACGUGCGUAUUAUGUAUCCAUAGCCGGACAAAGUAGCGACGAGCAAGAAGAAGUUCCCCCAUUUUAUCCUUCCGUGUCCUAACACCACUUGAAUCGUCUCCUCGAUCGAGACGACGAGCUUAAGAUUCGCGGUGUUCUCGGUCUUCUCUUCUCUAUAUUAGCUGGUCCCCUUCAACCCCUUCCGCUCCACUGGUUAAUAUAUCUUGCGGCCAUGCAUGCAUGUGUUUCCCGGGUGUAUCGCCUUUGUAUGAUUAGUAUCAUAAGCGGUAGGCAGGCAGAUCUCUCCUCUCUAUGUUGUAAAUAAGCGAACGCGGGCCAGCGGUAGCAGAGGUUCGGGACUGGGCGAGUCCUUGCGUAUUAACGCGGUCCCUCCAUCGCCAACAUACGAAAUACACACACACACACUUGUUCUUUGUUCUCCCCGCAGUCGGGAACCAUUUCUUUUCUCUCUAGAUUUCUCGACGUCUUCCAGUUCGGGGCGAGUCAACUUGAUCUAUUUAACGAAUCGCGCGAUUCGCGCGUAUCAGCCCUAUGUGUGUUAAUCCUGGCGUAUCGAACGGGGCGCAUCACGAUGGAACGACGUCGACG